AUGGUAGACCGAGCUGGCAAGAAAUGGAUUGAUGAAUUAGAGUCCAUUUUCUCUGUGAUGACCUGUACUACUGAACAACGGGUCCAGUUGGCUACUUUUAAGCUUAAAGAUGCGGCAAAACAAUGGUGGGAAAGUGUUAAGCCUAUUGAUGGAUCUGAAUUGACCUGGGAGCAAUUUAAGAAGAGGUUCUUUGCCUACUACUUCCUGCCAACUGUAAGGGCAACAAAAGAAACUGAGUUCCAUAACUUAAGACAAGGUAAUAUGGAUGUUGAGGAGUUCAUAGCCAAAUUCAAUGAGCUCUCUAAAUAUUCCUUGUACUUGAAAAGUCAUGCUGAUGAAGAAUGGAAGUGUGAGCAAUUCCUUGAUAAGAUGAGGCCUGAGUAUAGCAAGCAACUAACGGCUCAUGAUAUUAAUUCAUUUAAAGUCAUGUGUAACAAGUUCAGGGCUGUUGAUAGAAGAAGCCAGAUAAAUGACGGUAACCGGCCAGAUGGCCAAGGCCGAUAUUCCUCUUUUAUGGGCCCCACUGAGGGUGUGAGCAAGAAGUCAACUUAUAGCUUGGGAUUCUCUAAGGGUUACAGUGGAGGUGGAGGAAGCAGUAAGAAGAAUUUCUCCAAGGGAUCAUAA